UGUGUUGUUAUAUUUCAGAUGUGUCCUCUAUCCUCAGUGUAAUGGAGUACCUGGUAAUGAAGACACUGGCUGUAGAACAACCUAAGCUGAUCAUGUGUAUGACAGCACUGUGUAAGUGGACUCAGCCUUCCCAUGAUGCAAUGCAGCUGGGAAGAGACAUCAUAGGCCAGGUCAGAAGAACAGCAGCCGAGGACAGAGAAAACAAACAGGCCAUCUUGUUUGAGCAGCAGAAGGCACUGGAGUUGUUAUGUGUCCACGAGGGCUGGCAGUGGACCAAUAACACACUGAUCAGAGAGCUCCUGUGGCCAGAACUGCAGGAAUGGGGAGUCCAGCAGCCUCCUACACCCAGCAGUAAUAUGGUGGUGGAGUUUGCUCUCAGGAUGAUGGGCCUUGUAAGCUUCCACUGUCCACCAGAACAUGCUUCCUCUGCACAUGAGAUCAUGAAGACACUGUAUACCUUCUUAAAGAGUGCUCAGCAGUCGGGUGGAGUGGUCAGCUGGUCCAUACAGACAGCAGUAUUCGAGUCGCUGCUCUACCUGGCCCCAUUCUCUCCUGAGCUUGUCUCCACUGCCUGUAACUCCUGGUUGAAGGAAAACAAGGAUCGGAUGACAGAGGGAAUGCUGGGAAAAGUGAGAGGUUUUUACCAGUGCUACAUGAACAAGUGUCCAGUUUUAACACUACCGGACUUUGUGAAAGCAAGCUUAUAGUGCUUUUUCAGUAGACUUCUCUUGUACCCGAAAAAAGUGGAACGAUCUCAAUUUAUUUGAUUUCCAUAUUCAAUUAUUAAUUUUUUAUAUUUGUAGUUUUGUUAAAGAAAAUAACUGUAAUUGAAGAACCAUUUUUAUAAGAAAGAUAGUAUUAUUUGGAAAAUAUGAAUGAUUGAGCUAUAAUUGAGCUAUAGUGAGCUUAAUUGUCUGGCACGCCCCCUCAAGUAACUAUUGACUAUUGUUAAUUACCCCCUAGCAGCUUGAGUAAGCGUUCCAGACAUUACAGCUGGUUACACUAAAAGCGCUUUGGCGAGAAGCCCUGCUGAGUUGGAUUGAUCCAGCUUUUAUGAUGGGUUUAUGGGAAUGCUCCUAUAGUGCGAGAAUUUAGGGUUGAUGUUGUCUCUUAAACUCUCAGUUUCAGAGAUUAGCAGAUACUCACCUCUAUUAUCAGUAUAGGCAGGGAAUCUAUUCAGUGUCUACUAGGGAAUUAAGCAACAUGUUUUUAUUGGCCAUAUUUGAACUGCAGAUCUGUGUGCUGUUCCGAAUGGGCUCUGGAUGUCAAUUUCUCUCUAGCUGUAUGUAUCCUGUCAGUGUAAUUAGCAGUACAUUAAUCUGCUGCAAACUGCUUUCAUGUAAUAUUUAUGAUUUUUCUUCUCCCAAUGGACUAUAUUAGUAAUACCAUUAACCCAUUUACUGAACAAACAACUCCAGUUGUACAGAGUGAAAUGAAUACUCAACGGACAAUAUUGAAUAAUUCUCUGUGAGAUCUCUACAUAUCACGGGCACAUGUCUACACUUGUAUGACUCUCCCCUCCCACAAGGUCAGGUAAGGCUUCAUUCACAUGCAAUGUCUA